GCUCCUGUUGCGCCCGAGACACUCUCCAGUCCACACGGAGAGACAGUUCGGGUCCUCGUGUGGGACAUGCGUGGCGGUGUCCUCCUCCUCUUUGACUCCCUUCGCCUUGAGGGGAAAAGGUCCCGGAAUGGCCGGGGCGUGAGGAGCGAGCGAGAGAGCGCCUCCUCCUCCCUCCUGCCUUGGCACCACCGCCAUAAAUGCUUCUCCUCCUCUCCGCCUCAGAGGCACGCAGCAGAGGCGCCUUCUUCCAAAAGAAGGAAGGCGAGAGAGAGAGGGGGGAGACUGAGACGGGGGCCUUUGCCGCCUCCUGCCAGCGGGGGAGGCGGACCGGGGCCUGGCCGGGGGGCUCGAAGGGUUCCCCGCGGCCGCCAUGAACCAGGCCCCGCACCCCGGCAAAGAUGCCCCGGCUGGAGGAGGAGGAGGAGGAGCUGGAGGAGGAGGAGGAGGCAUGGGCCCGGCCCCGCCGCCCGCCAACCCAGGGAUGCCGCCGCCGCCCAACCUGCCCCAACUCAUCCAAAAUGCUGCCAAGCUUCUGGACAAGAAUAUAUUUACUGUCAGCACCCCAAAUCCACUGCUUCCUUCUCCUGCAAAUCUUCAGCUUGCUCAAUUGCAAGCCCAGCUUACUCUACACAGGCUAAAAUUGGCUCAGACAGCAGUCACUAACAACACAGCAGCUGCAACGGUCCUGAAUCAAGUUCUUUCCAAAGUGGCCAUGUCUCAGCCACUAUUCAACCAAUUAAGACACCCUUCCAUGUUUAACACCUCCCAGGGGCAUGCUGGAGGGCCUGGAGUUACCAGCACUCGAUUUCCACCUGGCGGAUUACAUUUCCCAACACAGAACCCCACUUUAGCAGCACCAGCUGUAACCUUGGGACCUGUAGGUAACCUUCAAAAUCAGAACCCAAAUACUGUGGUCAUAAAUCCUUUUGGGGGUGUAAUAUCUCAGACAGCUGGACAACAGGCUGUAGUUAUGGGUCUGAAUAAAACUGGCAUCUCCUCUGCUACAGGUGGAUUUUAUGACUAUGGUAAACAAGUAUUUCCUUCUGAUGCCGAACAAUGUGGCCAACACAGCUUUGCAACCAGUGGGCCCCAUUCAGUCCCUACAUCCUCUGGAGGUGGAACAUAUGAUGGUCAUUUUGGUAAACAUGACAACUCACUAGGAUUUCAGAAAGAUUUUUAUGCUUCUAAAGGACAACAUACAACCGGUAUACAGUCUUUGACGUUUUCUGGUGACCCGCAUAAUUCUCAUCAGGUCAUAACUCAAAAGAGUGAAGCAGGCCCUGUAAUUCAUGAAACAGAAACAAAUAAUCAGUGGGGAAAUCCUUCAACUUUCUCUAGCCAAAAUAAACCUGACAGCAUGUGGCCAUCAACAAGUGUUCCAUAUGAAAUGCACAACGAUCUCUACAACCCUGAAGAACCAACAUCUGAUACAAAAUUUAAUACUGGUACUCCUCUUGUUUUCAGUAGAGCCAAAAAUAAUAAGCAGAACUUCAAUAACUCACGAAUAAGACAGCAGCAGGAACCAGUUACACCUGAUUUGUCAGUGAGACCUCUUCAUUCUCAUGAGCUAAAUGAUUUUCACUGUUUAGCCCCUCUUUGCUUUCCCCACAUCUGUACUUUAUGUGAUAAGAAGGUCUUUGAUAUAAAGGACUGGGAUCAGCACAUUAAAGGAAAUGUGCACAUUCAAAAAUGCAUGGCUUUGUCAGAAAACACUGAUAUUAGGUGCAUGUUAAAUUCUGCAGAAGGAAUGAUGAAUUCUUCUUCUACAAAUAACACAUCUGUGUUUCAUCUUUCUGGUACUGAAGAUUACCCUUUAAAUGCUGGCUCAGCAUAUAACUCUGCAUUUGGUCAGACAUGCUCCAUAUUAUCUUCCAUGGCACCUGGAGAAAAUCUGCCAGAAAAGAAUAGUACACCAGGCCGUGUAGUACACAUCUGUAAUCUUCCUGAAGGAAGCUGUACAGAGAACGAUGUUAUCAAUCUAGGACUUCCCUUUGGAAAAGUUACCAAUUAUAUCCUUAUGAAAUCAACCAAUCAGGCUUUUCUAGAAAUGGCAUACACUGAGGCAGCUCAGGCUAUGGUGCAGUACUACAAAGAGAAACCUGCAGUAAUAAAUGAUGACAAAUUACUCAUUAGGAUGUCUAAACGAUACAGAGAACUUCAGCUAAAGAAACCAGGUAAGAAUGUGGCAGCAAUAAUCCAGGACAUCCACUGUCAAAGAGAACGGGGUAUGUUGCGGGAAGCUGACAGGUAUGGACCAGAAAGGCCUAGGUCACGCAGCCCCAUAAGCCAUUCACUUUCUCCAAGAUCACACACUCCAAGCUUUACUUCCUGUAGUUCUCCCCACAGUCCACCAAGCACAAACAGGACAGACUGGGGGAAUGGAAGAGAAGCGUGGGAUCAAUCUUCUUUUUCUCGAAGGGAUGAGGAAAGAGAAAUGUUGCCCCGGAGAGAGAAUGGAGAAGAUAAAAGAGACAGGACUGACUCAUGGGUUCAUGAGAGAAAGCAACAUUAUUUACGCCAUCUGGACAAACUUGACUUAGAAGAGCGUCUUGAAGGAACCAGAGGGCACAGAGAAAAAUAUUUUAGAGGAAGUUCACCUACUGCAAAGGGAGCUCAUAAUUUACCUGGACAUAAGAGCAGAGAAGAAGACUACUACAGAAAGCCAUCUAGGCAAAAAACAGAUAAAUAUCAAAAACAGGCACUGGAUACAGGAUCAAAGUAUAAAAAAAAAGAAGAGGCAAAAUUAAGAGAGCACAGACAUUCUCACUCUGAAGACUUAGCUAAGGAAGAAGCAGCAGACCAAAAGUCUAGCAAGAUGUUUGACAAUAUCAAGCAAAAGCAAAGUGAUAAGGAAAGGAGCAAAGAUGCUAAUAAAAUGUCAGAGGAAGAAAUUUCUUGUGUAGCUGAAGAAGUAAGUGUGAAGCAAGGAAGUGAGAAUGAGGUUGAAAAUAAAGAUAUCCAUAUGGAGAACAGUCCUAUAAAUAAGAAGAUGAAAGAAACAGAAGAUUCUGUAGAGAACUCAAGAAAAGAAAAGGACUGGGAGAGUGGAAGUGAGAUGGAAGCUGAGACCUGGUAUCCCGCUAAUAUGGAAGAGCUGGUAACUGUAGAUGAGGUGGGAGAAGAUGACCUUAUCAUGGAACCUGAUAUAACUGAACUUGAAGAAAUAGUAACAGUUGGCCAGAAAGACCAAGAAUGUCCUGUAAUGAUUGCUUUAGCUACCAGACUGGAGGUGAAGAAUGAACAAAGUCUAUUAAAGAAAAGCGAAGACAAAUCUAAAGAAAUGGAAGCAGCCUUAGUGUCAGAAGAGGGGACAAUAGGGAAUAUCGGUGACUCUGAAAGUGAUAAUACACCUAUUAAAGCAGCACAUCUAAAUCUGGAUACUGAGUUGGAGCCACAUGAAUCACACGAAGGCAGACCUGCGAGGGAUCCUGAUUGCUGUGAUAAAGAAAGAAAAAUAAAUGAAAGCACUGAUAGCCAUUUGAAGCUGGAGGAGCAGUGUGUUUCUCCUGGUCCUCCAAAAGAAGAGGCCUUUCAGCAGAAUGCUACUUUGAUAGAUGAUUUUAAAGCAAUGCAAUCAUUAGAAAGUGGGAGCAGAAAAGCUGUGGAGAUGCUGGCAAAAAAUACCCAGGAAGAAACAAGUUAUGGAAAUCAGGCGUUUCAAAAGACUCAGGUAAACAGUACAUAUCAGGAAAUGAAAACUCCUAACUUCCCAGAAGUGGAAUCAAAACGAUAUUUUUCACCAUCAUGGGAACAAGAAGACGUGUUUACAGAGCUCAGCAUUCCCCUAGGAGUGGAAUUUGUUGUGCCCCGAACUGGGUUCUACUGCAAACUUUGUGGCCUUUUCUACACAAAUGAAGAAGCAGCAAAGACUCGUCAUUGUAGAAGCACUGUUCACUACAAAAACCUUCAGAAGUACCUGUCACAGCUGGCAGAAGAAAACCUGAAGGUGACUGAAAAGGAAAGCGGUUUGGCACAAGAUGAUAUUGGAAUCAUCCCUCACUUUGAGGAGAAAAAGCUAUGAUUCAUUUGAAAGAACAUACAAUUGUUUUUCUUUUCUUUUUUGUUAUGCUGAUGAUGCACCUUUACUUUUUACUCUGGGGAAAGAGGGAAAGCAUAAUGGAGAGUUUGUUCGAUGCAUCUACCCUGAGAGCAUCAUUAUAAAAAAACAUAUACAGGUAUGAUCAUAUAUCGGUAUAACCAUGACCUAUCUAUAUAACCAGCAGACUAUAACGGGUACAGCUCUCAAAAUCAGAAUUCUCAGGGAUUCUCUCAAUGUUAGUUAUGAUGUGACUUGAGGUAAAAGAAAUAGUAUAACUUACUUAGAAAACCUAACUGGAAAAUUUGAAAAAUCCUGUUAAAAUACUUCUAUUCAUUCAGGUCUUACAAUCAUACCCAGCAUCAAUGCUAAUAGCGAUAUCACUGCCUUGUAUAACAUAGUCCGAGUCCGUGUCCAUACAGCACUUUUAUCUGUACCUGAACAUGUUUCAAAAGACUGAAAUUAGAAAGCUUCCAGCAUAUCAUGUUCCAGAUUUUGUCCCUGGUAGAAUGGAUAAUAACUCUCAUGGGCUUUCCAUAAAAUGUACUUCUAGUUGCUUUAUUGUAGUCUUGUUAUUGUUAUAUCUGCAUAAAUUUGCACAUGAAUGAACUCAUAGAUUUAUGUGGGGGGGAGCGUCUUUCUUUGUUUCAGGCGAUAUGCAUCUUCCUUGUACCAUCUUAGAAGACACGUUCCUUGCAUGAGAAAGUAGACCCAUCUUUUUCUAAGAUGGGCAAGGAUACCCUUAGGCCUGAAGCUCUAUGAUGCAGCUGUCUCACUUGAGCUAAAUGGGUUGGGGCUGGUCUGCUCUUCGGCAAAAAACUGUUUAGGAGUCCUUUAUAUGUAAUGUGCUGUUCCAGGGUGAUAAUAUUUAAAUCUUUCAAAAAAAUAACAUGUUUUUGGCUGAUCAGACUGAUUCAUUGACUAUUCAAGUUCACAUUGCAGUCCUAGUUUGAGCAGAAUUUGAAUUUCAUUUCCAUUUAUUUUCUAUGUUGAUUUUAUUUAUAUACAUAAUAGUGUUUAAAAUCUGUGUGUUCCAACAAUGUGCAUUAUUAGUUAAAAGUUAAAAACGUCACAUUUAUCUUAUUUAUUUAAAUGACUCUUGGAGUGUUUCACUGUGUAGCUCUCGUAAAACUGUUUGAAAGCAUCUCUCCUGAUGAAGAUGAUCUUUUUUUAACAAAUAUACCAAAUACUAUAUAAGUUGCUGAGCCAUAUUAAAAAAAGGGCAAGUGUAUUUGUUGCAGUUCCUUGUAUAGAGUGUCUUUGAAUGAUGUUUCAUAUUUUGUAGAAAAACGGCAGGAGAAAUAUUGUCAUCAUUCACUAUUGUGAGAGAGAUGAGGAAACACAUACCUUCAGCUAACUUUCUCUAUUUUUGUGCUGUCAUAAGUCCAGGCUCCAUUUCAUUAAAUGGUAUAAACAUUCCAUUUAUUUACAUCAGAGAUGGGGUCCAACCGCACAUUUCAAAUUCAUAUUACUUUUCAAAGUCUUGGCCUUUGACCUGGCACUGAAGAGGUGAGGCUGACACAUGCACCUCAUCUCUCUGAUAAAUGAACUUGGCAUAUGUCUCUUUGAAACACUUAAUUGCACCUUUAGCCUAAGUAAGAAACAGCUUUUAAAAGCAAUGAAUUGACUUGGAAGGCACACAAAAUAAUGUAGAAAAUUAUAACACCUAAAACAGUAAAUAAUAAGGUUUAUUGCUAAUGUUCGGAAGCACAUAUUUCAACCUUCUGUAUACAAAAUAGACUCAUGCCGUCUGUUCAGCAACUUUUCUGUUGCUGAAAUGAAUGAUGUGGAUCUCAGUGAAAAUAUUCAGACUGAAAAUUCCCAAUGAAGAAUGUGAAUCCUGCUGGGAGAUAAAAUGCAUUAGCUGUCUUUUAAAACAAAAACAGCUUUUCCAAAACAAUGGGCUGCCUUGUUUUGGAAUUCUAGCGCCAAAAAUCUGAAACUUAUGAAAAAAUAUUUGCCACCUGCCUUAAUUUUUCACAUGUGCAAUUUGUAUUGAUAAAUAUGUAUGUAUAGCACACAGCACUCUGAAAUGUAACUGAAACCUAUUUAUUAUUGUGUAAAAAAGCUUUACUUAUUUAUAAAGUAUUGCAAAGCUGCAUAAGCAUUUUAAUGUCUUUAGAAAUUAUAUUAUUUUCUUACUUGUCUCAGCCUAUUAAUGGAUAUUAAUACCACUUGUAUUUUUUUUCAUUUUAAAACUAGAAAACCAAGAUGCCCAAUAAAACUUGACAAAUCUCACUACAGACCUGCACACUAGAGUUUAGUAUCAGGUUUUCAGGUUUUUUCUAUUUCUAUUAAGUCUGUGAUCUGUUGAUCCGUACUUGAACUGGACCAGAUGUUACUAUUUAUUGAAUUCACACAAUCUUGUUUAACUUUUGGCUUGUAAACACUUGAAAUGUUUUACAGUUUAAGGGAAUUAGGAAGCAUCACAAGUUUUAAUUGCUCUGUGUACCAAAACCUUCAAGCUGUAUUUCUUAAAACAAAUGGAUUAUUGUAAUAAAAGUAAUUUCAAUUACUAA